AUGGCACACAUCGGAGCUCUUCCCAAAAUCCAUCGCUAUAUCACAGCCCACAACAGCCAAGGCAAAGCCAUCUUCAGCAAAGCUUUUGACGAGGAGAGCAAAAUGAAACCAAAUGACGACGGCCUUGCCUUUGCACUAAGCUACACCACAAAGGGCUUCCCUGUGGAAAUGAAUGAAGACAAGGAUCUAGACGUGUACGGAGACUACCUCAAAAGCCCACCAGGCCUCGCAGUUUCGGGCGGCACCGUCCUUCGUCACGUCGACAUUCCUCCCAGCACAAAGUGUACCAUGCACCGGACCGUGAGCCUGGACUAUGGCUGCGUGCUCGAAGGCGAGGUCGAGCUGUUGCUGGACAGCGGAGAGAAGAGGUUGAUGAAGAGGGGAGAUGUUGCCAUCCAGAGAGGGACGAUGCAUCAGUGGAUCAAUCACAAUGAAACCGACUGGACGCGCAUGUUGUUUGUUCUGCAGGAGAGUAAGCCCGUGCAAGUGGCGGGCACGGCGAUUGGCGAGGAACUGGCAGGCAUGGCCGGGGUGCGGCCUUCGGAUUAA